UGUGAAGAGAGAGGCCAGUAUAAGUAGCCGGCACCCUGCAGGGCGUCAGGAGGAUCAUAGUGGGACCCAGACCGGACGGGAGAAUCCCAUGUGAGGAUAAAACGCCAAGUGAGGGGACAAUGCGGCUUACCUUGUUCCUGUAUCAGGUUGCCAUGCUAGUCCUCGUGAACGCACAGCAGGACUGCUUCAUGCACCCCACGUUCAGAGAGCCAUCUAAUGCGGACAUCGAAGUGUCAUGUGGUACGCAGCAGAUGGCCAUGAAGAUGCUGCUGUGUCCCAUCUACUUCUGUGGAUACAACGAGUCUCUAAUGUCCCUCAACGGGGAGCACGACAAAGAGUACUGCAAGGGCGUCGCAGACUGGACCGUGGACCCCCCCGUGCUCAGGUUCAACUUCUCCAUCACCGAGGAGGAGAUCACGGUGUGCUCAAAUAAGCUGACGGUGACAGAGGAGAUGGGGAACGGGGUGUUCUCUGACUUCUCCAGUCUCCAGUACAUCAACAUCUCCGGCCAGAUCAAGUCCCAGGACCCAAUCUUAGGAACUGUGGCCUACCGUGAGGAGAUGAUGUACAUGUUCUCCUGCCGCUACCCGCUGCAGUACCUGGUCUCCAACAGCACAGACAUGAGCGUGGCAGCAGCCAGCCUGUCCAUGAAUGAGGAAAGCGGCAGCUUCAGCAGCACGCUCAGGAUGGCUUUGUUCUCGGACAAUGCCUAUUCCUCCGCUCUCAGGAUCCCUCAAGGAGGACUCAAGCUGAAGACCAGGAUCUUUGUCCAGGUGGCCGCCAGCAACCUGAGCAACAGAUUCAACGUUGUACUGGACAGGUGCUACGCCUCGACCACAUUCUUCUCCGUCGACAGCAUCACACAUGACCUCUUUGUUGGGUGCAAUAAGGACGGCCAGACGAUCAUCGCCAUCAACGGGAUGGAUCAGAACGCCCGUUUCUCCUUCGAGGCGUUCCGCUUCGUCCAGCAGAGGACCAGCGCCACCUUCUACCUGCACUGCUCCACCCGGCUCUGCGAGCGCUCCAGCUGCCCCGCCCUGGUGGAGAACUGUUCCACCUCGACGGCGUUCAGAAGGCGGCGCAGCGAGGGCGUUGGCGGCGGCUGGAGCACGAGGGUUAGCGACGCGGCCACCGUCAGCUCGGGGCCCAUCACCACCCGCAUGGACACUGGUGAGGAGGAUGAAGAUGAUGAGGAUUCUACUCAGCAGAGCAAGAAGAAAGUCAUGCUAGGGGUUGUCAUAGCAGCAGGGAUCCUAGUCACCAUCUUCCUCUCUCUAGUGGCUUUCAUCACUUGUGUCGUCUGUAACUCCGAAAGAUGGUUCAGUAAACCGGUUCUCUACCGACUGGAGUGAGAGAGACUUUUUAUUUUGUUUUUACUACGGAAGAAGCUAUGUUAAAUGCGAUUUAAAAAGUAAAGGUCCUGCCAUGUUUUAGGAGCCAAUGCACGGAGAGAACUUAUUGGGAGCUGCUGAUUGGCCAAUUGACUCUGGAACUACUGGGAAGGGCUUUUACUUUUUACUUGUAACAUGGAUGGAGUGUAAACAUGGAUGGGUCCACUCUGAUUUAAAGAUUUUAGAAUCUUAUCAUUUGUAGUCGACAAUUAUUAUUUACAAAUAUGUCUCUGUAUAUAUUUCUGUGAAAGGUAAAUGGAGAAAGUCACAAUGAGUAUUUGUAACAGUUUUACCUGCUUAUGUAUUAACAAAAUAAGAAAACAUAACAGCAUUAGUUAUUCCUGACCAAUAAAAUAUAGUAAGAAUAUAUUCUGAGUCAUCUCAGAAUAUGACUCAGUAAAAUAUAUUCUGGAAUGAGGCACUGGAAUUAGAGUUUGUAAACUAAGAUCUAAGAUGUAAACUAAA